GUGACCUGGCGUGAUCACCACUUACGUUGUUUGUCUGUCCUUCUCCAAGAUCGGCACCUUCGGAAAUUAUUGCGUCGUGCGUCAAGGGGGAGACAGAGAGAGAGAGAGAGAGAGAGAGAGAGAGAGAGAGACAGAGAAGAAAAAGAGAAAGAGAAAGUAGAGAGAGCGCGCGCGCUCUCUUGCUGCCGCAACGCUUCUGCAACAAGGAUCGCUGCUCACCCUGCAUCCUCACCCCUUUGGUCACAUGCAUCGCCUCGUGUCUCGCCCGACCAUUGCUGCCCUCUACUAUUACCUUACUCACUUUCCUGACACAUUACUGCGCCGCAAUGGCAUUUAUCCACCAACACGCCCAGGCUCCUGGUGCUGCCUUAAACCAAGGUCGGCACCGCGAAACCGCCGGCGGCGGCGGCGGCGGCGGCUCCCCAGCGCUCCACCCACUGAUCAUGCCCGUUUCGCCCUCCACCUCAUCGACAGACACAGCCGGCUACGCCAAUCCCCGCUCAGCUUCCUCUCCUUACUCAGCAACAUCAACAACAACAACAGCAACAACAUCAUCAUCAUCAUCAACAAUGUUCUCCCCCUCCCUUCCCAAUGAUCAGAACUACGACGACGGCGACGAUGACGACGAUAACGACGACGACGAUGUUGGGGACAACGACAAUGCCUCCUCGGCGACAACAAUACCAAGGACGGCGGCGGCGGCUGGUGCUGCUACUACUGCUGCUGCUCUUCCGGCGCGGUCGGCAGCCAAGGGCGUCAAGACCGGGAGGACCCCGAGCAGAUAUGACUGGAGCAAGUACAUGACGACAAUCAAGCGACUUUACAUAGACGAAGACAAGACACUAAGAGAGGUCUUGGAAAUAAUGGAACGGGAACACAAUUUCAUUGCAACUCCCAGGAUGGUCAAGACGCGCUUGAAAAAAUGGGGCUAUACCAAAAACGUCAGCGUAAAGACCGAAGAGGUCCAGUCGCUGAUGGAACUCAUCAUCGACGCCGAGAACCAAGGGGACGUCCGUCGCAACUCGACCGAGGUGACGCUCGCCACGGGGCGGGUCGUCGGCCUCGACAGGGUGGCCGCCCAUCUCAGGCGCAAGAGGCUCCCGUCCCAUGUUGUGCAGAAAGCCUCGUCGCAUUUGACCAUGAUCCGCUAUGGCCGGUCGCCGUCGCCCAGGGCUACGCUGAUUGACAGCCCCGCCGCCUUCUUGGUCUCGGAGCAUAUCCUCACGGACCUGCACUCGUAUGUCUAUGCGCACUCGGGCGAUCCGGGGCGGGAGAACAUGGUGACCACGAGCAAUGCACAGGACAAGCCCGUGUACGACCUCGUCAUCUCUGCCCGGAACUUCAUCGCCCAGGACAAGAUGCCCGAGGCGCUGGCCCUGCUGCGGAAGGCCCCUGACCAGAUCAAACAGCUGCUCAGCUCCAACCUGAUGACCAUCCCGCGCUGCCUCUUCCUCCUCUUCAUCAACCUCCUCAGCAUACCGGGCAUCCAGCAGCUGAGCGAGAACAUCAAGCAGCGGCUGAACCUGGUCAUCAAAGCCCUGGUGCGGUACGUCGCCGCGCUGGCCACCGACUCGACCACCCUGAACUGGCCCGAGGGCCAUCCGCUGCGCCGUGUCCUGCUCAACCUGAACCAGGCCGACGACGAGGACCUCCUAGAGGUUCUCAUCCGCGGGUACAAGCGCAUCCUGCUGUCCUUUGAGUCCUUCCCCGACGCAUCCACCAGAGGGCGCACCGUCCCGGCGUGGCUCGACCUGGGCAACGCCGUGGGCUUCGAGACCAUCCCCGUCGAGAACCUCGAGGCCGCCCUGUGGAAGGACUACGAGAGCCGCAGGGCGUCCAGCGCCCAGCAGAAGCCGCCCGUCCAGCAGGUGUUCUGGAUGGCAGAGCUGGAGCGCCAAAAGGUGCGGGCGCGCCGCAUCCCGACCCAGCGGCUGCAGGAGCUCUACAAGAUGACGCUCGAGGCCUGCGAGGACAACGACGACGAAUAUACCCUCCUGGCCGAGCUCAACUGCCACUACUACCUCGCGGGCCUCUACCAGCAGCAAGACCAGCGCGCCCUGGCCGAGGACCACAUGCGCCAGAGCAUAGACCGGUGCAACCUGCGCGGAGAGACGGGCAGUGCGGCCAGACUCAUGACGGAACUUCAAGGAUGGAUGCGCGAAUGGGGCGAGAAGGAGAAGGUGGAGGCUAUGCAGCAUGAGAUCACCGGCCAGAUGAGUAAUCUGGGUCUGGAUCUCUCAGGCUCGGAAGAAGACGAGUUAUGAGGAGAGAAAGAAAGAAAGAAAAAAAAAGGCCUUUUUUUUAAAAUAAAAUAAAAAUUACUUCUACUAAGAGAGAGGGCGGAAAGGAGGAAGGAGAAGAAAAAAGGAGCAGAAACAGAGCGUAAUGUUACAUUGUUCAUGUGCG